CGUGAUGCCAGGUGUAGAGGGUGUCCAGUUUUGGGACGCGCCUAGCAGGUCACAUUCAGCCGGCAGUGCAACUCAACCCACCAGUACGCCAAAAAUCCAAGGCGCCGAUUCGGCCCCUACCUCUCUGCCGUGACUUGGACUGCCGCAUCCCCGCAUUCUGACGCCGGCCCCCGCGUUGAAUGGGUGGGCUAGGGAUAUAUGAUCAGGGGGCUAACCUGCCGUGCUCCGUCCGAGUAUGACCUGACCUGGUCUUGAUUUGACCCUCGUCAGAGAUACGCGAAACACUAUCGAGGAAUACUUGGCGAACCAGACGCUGGCAGAUAUACGUUUUUAAUAAAUUAUCCCAUUCUUCAUACUAUACCCAAGAUGCCGGGUUUGCUUAUCCAGGAGACUCCCUUUAAGACCUUGAAGGUCAAGGAGCUUCACCCCACGUUUGGGGCUGAAAUCGAGGGUGUCGAUUUUGACAAUGUCAGCGAUGAGACUCUCCAGGAAAUCCUGGCCGCCAUGGCCAAGUACGGCGUGUGCGUCUUCCGCAACACGAGCCUGAACGACGACAGCCACGUGGAAUUUAGCAAGCGCCUGGGCGAGCUGGACAACAUCAGGCGGUACCUCCAAGGGGGCCGCGGGCUGCGCUACAAGCACUACGAGCUGUUCGACGCCGGCAACCUGGACGAGGACAACAACAUCGUCGACCCGGAGUCGCAUCGCGCGCACGCCAACCGCGGCAACGGCCUCUUCCACGUCGACAGUAGCUUCAACCCGCGGCGGGCGGGGCUCAGCCUGCUGCGCGCCGUCGUCAUCCCGCCCAAGGAGACGGGCGGCAACACCGACUUCGCCGACAGCAGGGCCGCGUGGGACGACCUGCCCGAGGACCUGAAGAAGGAGCUGCUGGAAGGCGACUACGCCGGCUCCCACUCCAUGGCGCACUCGAGGAAGCUGGCAAGCCCGGAGUACUUCAAGGAUGUGGAACCGGACAAGGCGCCGCAGUCCAAGCACAGGAUCGUGCAGCGCCACGAGCCGAGCGGGAGGAUGAAUCUGUACAUUGGUGCUCACCUGCACCACAUCGAGGGGGAGGGCAUGACGCCCGAGAGGUCGGCCGAGCUGGUCGAGAAGCUGAACAAGCACGCCACGCAGGACAAAUAUAGGAUCACCGUGUCGUGGGACCAGCCCGGCGACAUGGUCAUCUGGGACAAUCGGUGUGUGAUGCACCGCGCCGGGCCCUGGACCGGCGGUGGCAAGUACAAGCGAGACCUGCGGAGGACGACUGUCCAUGAUGACGGGCCCACCGCGUGGGGCUUGAACUCGAAGGAGAUGGAGAUGCCCGGAUCCGCCGCAUGGACUAAGCCCACGGUGGGUGCCUGAAGCGGCGGGUUGGCUUUUCCGGACCCCCCAACCAUCCAAUAUGUAAUUAGAUGAUAAGGGGGAUGCAACAUCGUAUAGCCAAUGCAACAUUGUCUUUCCUGCUUCUUAUCUGCCCUCUGCCCUCUCCCAUCUCCCGCCUGCAUCGAUAUGAUAGUCUUUUGGGGCUGUGGCUGUGGCCAGUCAUUCCUCUCACUUAUCGAGUCCCCGUGCUUUAACAUAUCGGUUGAUCUGCUCCCGGG